AUGGAUGAUAAGGGAAAGAAAGAUAUAAAUGGAAACAACGAUGGAUUAAGACUUCAUUCCAACAAAGUAGAAAAAAUCACUUUCGCAAGAAAGGAUUCAUCGUGUACCUUUGGAAACUUUACGUCACAAAAAUACUCAAGAAAUAAUACUGGAAACUUAGAUGGGGAUAUGGAAGAACAACCAUCUACCAAUAAUGUCGAGAUGGAUGAUACUGGGUUUGAGCUAAAAUUAGAUGGUGGUUCGCCAAUGCUAAAAGGGUUUGUAGAUCCAUUUGACGUGUCUCCUGAAUCAAAACAACAGUUGAACACAGCAAAAUACAAAACCUUUUCCUCUCCUUCUCAUUCUGAUAAAAGAGCUAUAUUAGAUGGAACACUGAACCCUAAUUUUUUAGAAGCUGAUACUAGCACCUUAAAUGCCGCAUCUGAAUUUCGUGCAUUAAAGGAAAACCAGAGUAAAGGCGCAAUAUUGGACUAUCAAGAUGCUGAAGAAAGUGAAUUUGGAAUAACCAUCAAUGCCAAAAAACUUGACAAAGAAGAAAUUAUUUACGAUAAUUCAGAAAUAGAUGAUUCAAGCAUAAAGCUAAAUUUGAAUCCCUCACCCACGAGGCAAUAUGAUCAGCUGCAAAUGCAGGAAUCCAACGUUGCAACCCAAGUCGAUGGCAACAUUCAUGAAGCAGCUAACACUUUUUUUCGGGAACAAAGAUGCCGAAAAUUGAGUGGGGGUAGUGAAGGCAAUGGAUUUUGUCUGAUGAAUGAAGCUGCAAAGGAAUAUUCGCAAUAUGGCCUGAAUCAUUUCACGGAGGAGAAGAUGACCCAGGAUAUUCUGGAAGAGACAGAUCGGAACGUUGAUACAAGGGGGAACAUAAGUGAUGCUAUGUACCUGUCAUUGGACAAGAAUAUAAGCAGUACCUUAUCCCGAGAGGGAAGCAAAAAUGAAAAUACUAAUCUGUUAUCUUCUAGCGCCAAUGGUCAGCCAAACUCCCAAAUUGACACAAGUCCAGUUAUGGGAAGUCCAACUAAACACACAAGUACGACUCAGGUUAUUUCAGAAAGUGAUAAUGAGGAUUACCAACAACAAGCCGAUAUUCCCCAUUAUCAUGGGUUGAAGGAGACACAGCUAGUGGACAAUUUCUCCCAAUCCUUAGUUAUUGAAGAUGAUGAGAUGAAUCGUUCAAGUAAUAAAUACGAUUAUGAUGAUGCUAAAGAUGAGGAUGAUGAUGAAACUAUUAAGACGGGGAGGAAGCUACUACAAACAUUCAAGAUAAUUGAGUCCCAAUCGCAAUCUCAAUCUCAAUCGCAAUCGCAAUCUCAAUCGCAAUCGCAAUCUCAAUUACAAUCUUCAAAUAAGAUGUUUGAUCAAAGUCAGGCAGUUACGCAGACUCGAGAUAUUUUACAGGGGCCACCAGAAACACAGAAAAUAUCAUCUCAAGCCUCGGACUCUAGUGAACAUUCGCAGAAUAAAUACGUAGAAGAAGUUCAACCAAACACCGAAAUGGCCAGAAUCGAUGAUGCGCAUUUAAGGAGCAGUUUGAGCAACACUAAAUCUAUUGAGCGGAAAGAAACAUCGAUUGACCAAGUGUCUUCCCCAAUCAAAAUUGACCCUAGAACCAACAAUAACGAGAAUCUGGAUGAUGAUGGAAUAAACAAAACCAAUAAUGAGACCGAGGUUCCAAACACUAGCGCAGUAUCUAUUGAAAAAAUUGGCCUAGAUAUGAAAGUCACAUAUGCUAGUGAAAAGGUGUCCGACCUUACCUCCACACCCUUAAAUGUGAGAUGCAAAGAUUUCGGUGUGAGACACUUGGAAAACAGAAGGCCAACGAUGUCAGAGAAGUUGCAAAAUGUGCUAGAUGAAUGCCAAAUUAGUGAAAAUGGAGAGUAUCUUAGUGAUGGAGAUGUGAUUAAUAAUGAUAGUUAUCUAAUUCUCAAAAAUAAGAUUCAUCGAGAAUUUGAUAUUGAGGACAUUUGUGGAAAUAGUUCUGUUUUUAUAGUUGAUAACAACUAUAGAAUUACUGGGAAUCUUGUUGGAAUCGGGGAUAAAGGUGGUUUUCUCUUUAGAACAAAAGGUGCGGAAGUUGAAAUUGACAAUACUAAGUUAUUUGCACCUAUAUGUUUUUGUGUUGGAGAUCCCGUCAAGUACAUCUAUGAUCGGAGAUCAAAUUAUACAGUUUGUGGGUUGAUCAGGGCGAAAACUGAUGAAAAAAAUGAUGAUUUGGUGAAAACGUUAGACAACUUUAAUAGACUACUAAUUAGGAAAAAUAAGAGAAAGGGCGAUGUUGAUGGUGUACACGAAGAAGUUGAAGUUUCUCUCUCGGAUAUUUAUCUCUCUACGACAAUGGCAAGUCAUUACGGAUACAAAUACUUUCAUGAUGAAGUCAAAUUUAAGAAAUUUAUUGAUUAUCAAGUUAAAAGGCUAAGUCCGAAUCCCAAUGAUACGUUAUUAAACCUAAUACAGAUAGAUGUGAAUUCAAAGCCAGGUAGCUUUAUUGAUAGGGUUAAAAAGGGGCCAUUCUCAAAAUGUUUGUUUGUUAUUACAGGGCUUAAUAGAAAAUCUCGUCCAUGCUCAAGUGGAACAGGUACAUCGAAAAAUAAUACACCAAGACAUCAAAGAGAUAAGGAUGAAACUGCAAUGCUAAUUGAUUUUAUAGAGCUAAAUGGUGGUUCAGUUUUGCAAGAUUCGGGAUUUCAAAGCAUCAUCAAAUUCAAAUGUAAAGGGUCUUAUGUCAGAAAGGUCAAUGGUGUCCAUGCUUCACCGAGGAAGGCAAAGAUAGCAACGGAGAUGCAAGAAGAAAUGGACAGUAUUAGGCAAAAAGAAUACGUGGGAUUUAUGCAGUUUGAUGCUACACGUGAUGAAGGUGAUUACUACCAUGUUAAGUUUACAAAUUGUUCAAUGUCUAUGAAAGAAGAUAUUGCGAAUUAUCAAUUUGCCUGUGUUUUAUCAAACAAACAUGUUAGAACUCUCAAAUAUAUUGAAGCCUUGUGUUUGAAAUGGCCUAUUUUACAUAUUGAUUUUAUUAAGAGAGCAAUGAGAGAUGAGAAAAUAUUACGAAAUUGGAGACAAGAGUGGACGAAAUAUCUCUUAAUAUCAGGCGAGAGUGCAUUGUUAAAUUGUGCCAUUGGGCUGGAUAUCUUUCAGUUUUAUGAUAACUUCAACAAUAGGUAUAGAUUACGAGACCAACUACACCUGAACCAGUUAUUCGGAGGUAAGAAGGUUUUAGUCAUAAAGGAGUCUACUGAAAAGUUCAGAUCGAGGCUUCAUGGAAGACGCAAACGGAAUGCGAAACGCCGUAGAGUUGAUGAGGAAGGGGACUAUCAUGAUGUAGAGGGGGGCGACAGCGAUACGGAAUCGGAAGACAAUAGUGUUGUUGAUGAAACGUGCAAGCACCCUCUGGAAGGCGGUGGCCUUGACGGUCCUCCGGACAUGGAGACACUACUCUGGAUAUUCCAUUCACUGGGGUUCCAUGACGCAAUAGUUGUUAAAGAGCAAGGUCGUUUAAGAUGCGCCAUGGAGCAAAUUUCAAAGGAGGAUUACGUUUAUGUCAAGUACGGUAGGGACCUCGAUGUCUAUCGGAGUAUUCUUGGUGGAGAACAAGUUGUGAACUGGGAGUGGUUAGUGCAGUGCAUCAUCACCCACCAAGUUGUGUAG